AUGAAGUUUCUCUUACUAAUUUACCUGAUUGGAUUUGCCAGAGAAGCGUCAGGUCAGCCUGAUGAGCCUCUCAGCCCUAUCAAUCAACAAGCUUCAAUUCAGCAACUUCCAGGUAAGUAUUUCUCACUUGUAAAGCCAUCAGAUGUGGAGGCUUUAUAUGAGUCCUCUUCAGGCGAGCAUUCCUCAAGUGAACAUGCAAGUGAGCAUUCUUCUGGCGAGAACUCAACUGAGCAGCAAACUUCUAGUGACCACCCUUUGGCAGAACAGUCUUCUGAUGAAACACUUUCAGGUGAAACACCUCUUGGUGAAAAAUCUGCUGGGGAAAAGACUUCAGGUGAAAAAGUUUCAAGUGAACAGGCAUCAGGUGAAAAAUCUUUGGAUGAAAAGGCUUCUAGUGAAAAGGCUCCAAGUGAACAGACUUCAGGUGAACAAUCUUCAGGUGAAAAUUCUUUAAGUGAACAACCUCCAGGUGGUUCAACUCUUGGUGAACCCUCCACUGAAAAGCCUUCAAGUGAACCAUCUUUAGGCACAUUGUCUUCAAUUGCCUCAUCUUCAGGCACAGGAUUAAAUUGCCACACAUGCUCAUACAUGAAUGAACAAGGAAAAUGUCUUCGUGGAGAGGGAGUCUGCACCACUCAGAACUCCCAGCAGUGUAUGUUAAAGAAGAUCUUUGAAGGUGGAAAACUCCAAUUCAUCGUUCAGGGUUGUGAGAACAUGUGCCCAUCUAUGAACCUCUUCUCCCAUGGAACCAGGAUGCAAAUAAUAUGCUGUCGGAAUCAAUCCUUCUGCAACAAGAUCUAA